AUGUCGGACCUCGAGCUGGACAAUCCCGCAGAUGAUGCGCCUCUCCUAGAGGAAAGCGAGCGCCAGCAUGAGCCCAUCCCCGUUGACGAUGAGGCACCGCCUCGAAUCCUUAACGCAGCUCGCUGGCAGGUGAAGACGCCAAAGACGGCAGUCAGGAUGUAUGCCUUUUUGGAGUUUUUGAUUGUUGCCAGCGGCAUGAUGUUGAUGGUGCCCGUCUACCGCCUGAUCGAGGACACCGUCUGCCACGUCUACUAUGCAGACGACUCGCUGGAUCUGAUUGACGAGAUGAAGUGCAAAAAGGACGAGAUCCAGGCGCAGAUGGCAUAUCUGCUUGGGUGGCUGGGGCUUUUCCACUCCAUCCUGAGUUUACUCACUACGUUUCCCUUUGGCUUACUCGCUGACAAGAUUGGCCGCAAGCCGACGAUGAUGCUUGCCUAUGGAGGCAUGACCUUGUCGCCCAUCGCUGGCCCGCUGCUGCUUGGAGUGGCCCAGCACGCUCUCCGAAAGAACCCUUACCUGCUCAUGACCGGCUCGCUAUUCCUGUUGAUCGGUGGUGGAAUCCCGGUUGUGCUCGCCAUGCUCUUUGCAAUGGCGGCUGAUGUUAGUUCCGAGAGGGACAAAGCUGCCAGCUUCCUUCAACUUACGUUUGGCGCCACGGCUGGUGGCCUCGCCGGCCCUCUCCUCACUGGAUUCUUGAUGGAAAAGUAUGGCCCCUGGAUACCCGUAAUCGCCUCUUGCGCCAGUUUCCCUGUCAUCUUGCUGUUGUUUUGCUUCAUUCCCGAGACGCUUCAGGUGGACAGAACGAAGAAGAUGAGCGACAACGACGUGUCCAUUAAGCAGCAAAUAGUCACAAACUUGGCCGAUCUCAAAGACGCCCUGGGCUUGUUGAAGAACCCAAGCAUUCCUCUGGUCCUUCUUACGUUUCUGUUUCAGGCCGCACGAUUUACAGCGUACACCAGCACGAUUGUUCAAUACGUUAGCACGCACUUCGGAUGGCGCCUUGCUGAGACCACCUUUCUACUGUCUCCCUUUGGACUUCUCAACCUGACCGUGUUGGCCGUCCUGCCCAAUAUUUCUGACGUUCUCAUGUCGCCCCGAUUCGGCUACACUUCCUUUAACAAGGACUUGUUUCUUACUCGGACCUCUACAGUAUUACUUUUUGUUGGCGCCAUGAUUGAGGGGUUCAGCCACAACAUUUUCUUCUUCGUCGUUGGCCUUUUCGUCGAGACCUUUGGAGCCGCCGCCAGCCCAUUGGCCCGAGCCACCAUAACGCACUAUGUCGAGCCUGAAUUUGUAUCCCGGCUCUAUGCUCUGGUUAGCACGAGCGAGAUCAUCGGCUCCUUCAUCGCCGGCCCGGUGCUGGCGUGGUGUUUCGAUCAGGGAAUGAAGAGGAAGGGCGUUUGGAUUGGGUUGCCCUGGUUUUACAUUGCGCUGUUGUCCUUGCUGACUUGGAUUGGACUCCUCUUUGUGCGGCCCCCGCCGGCGAAGAAGAUUUCAGCCGAGCGGGAUGGGGAAGACGAGCCGAUGAAUCCUCAUGAAGACUAG